AUCACUUUCUACUACUGGCAAACUCAGUGCCUAGUCUGCUGGAGCCUGACGUCUGUCGUAUGUUGUGUCCGAAGGGGAAGCGAACCGGCUUCAGUCCUGCUGUCUGGGGUACCUAGAGGUGCAGAUGCUGUGUACUGCUGCGAAGAAUCCAAAUGAUCAACUUCUCAACUGACACUCUGCCAGCCAUGUAUGCACUCCACUCAGGUGAGCUUCAAUAUCUCGGAGGGAGGUUACAGUGGCAGCCUUAUCGAACACAGUCAGUAGACUCCAUGCAUGGAAUGUACAACAAUUGCACAAAAUCCCAUUCGAUCCGUCAUCUCCACGCUGAUGUAGUAACACGUCGCAUACACACGGCGUUGUUAGACAACAGACACGUUCUAUGCAAGGCAUCACGCUACACAUUAUCGACACAAGUUGAUGGCAGAGCUCAAAAUAAACAUACCUCAUGCCUAGUCUAGGAUCUUGCCUCACGCUUGUACCUGUCCAAUCCGAGUACCAAUCACCUGCCUGGAGGCUUUCGUCCCUCGGGGUCUGCAAUUGGUCAUUUAGUUUGACUAUCCUAGGAAAGGGUUCGAGUCUCCUCAACAGUAAGCUCUGGCAGCCGUCCAUGUCCAUUAUCAAGACAUACUGGGACAAUUGCAGCAUGCGCUUACAGGAGCGGGGGGGAGUCAGCCGCACGCGAAGGAGAGAGUGUCUUUCAAUCGCGACAGCGCAACAAUCGAGCCAAGUUGGGCCCGCGCCACAAUAUUGAAUGGGACGUGGCCAAGGAUUAGCUGUUCGGAGCUGCAUUGCAUGAUCAGAUGGAUUUCCCAGUGAAAACCUGCCUGUUGUGCUUGCAUGUGCUGCACGGCUUUGGAGAGGAAGCCGUUGACGUACCACCACGUCUAGACCGACACUACCGAUAAGGCUCACUCCCUACAGCUACAGCUACAGCUACAGCUUGUAAUAUCAGCAUGGAUUAGGAAAAUCUCCGGGCGAUCAACAUAGCGGGAAACGGUAUAUAACGAAAAUGCCC